GCGUAUUGCUUCCAUUCCAGGCUGCAGCUGACCAUGGAUGCAGGCCCAGUCUAUGCAGAUAUUGUGUUAUCUGAAGAUUCCUCAUCCAGAAGAAGCACACCUUUAGAUUUUGUUCCACGGGCAGAUCACCGAAUCUGUCCUCGCUGGCAUCGGACUGUGCUGUUGCUUGCCUGCGCUGGAAAUGUGCUAUGGAUGGUGGCUGUGAUACUGAUGGGGGUUUAUGGCCUGGGCCGCAAUUCCUCAACAGCGCUAAAGAGAAACCCAGAAAACCCUAAGAAAAUGACUGAAACACCCUUGUGCAUUUCAGACAUGCAUCAAUACAAUCAGGAUGAAAGCAAAACAAAUAGCCAAUCAAAAACAUUCAGAUCUUUCCUGAGAAAACAUUUGUGUGAGGCUGCAAAUGCAUCUCCAGAGAAUGGAUCCUGCAGGAUGUGCCCUGUGACAUGGCUUCUGCGUGAUGACAAAUGCUACUGGUUUUCUAAUACCAUCUGGACCUGGAACCAAAGCUACGGGGACUGUUUGGCAAGAAGAUCUCAGCUACUAGUGAUUUCUAAUACAGGAGAGCAGAAAUUCAUCCAGGAUGCAAUAACGUCUACAAAAAUAUGGAUUGGACUCAAAGUCAACCUGCCAGAGAAGAAGUGGAUGUGGAUCGACGGCUCUCCAUUAAACCACACGUUGUGA